CCACAAUAUUACAGUGUCACAUUCUAAACUGUCCGGCCACAGUAGACAGUAAUGGAGGGUAGACCGAGCAGAGGCAGAGGAGGCAGUUGGAAAAGAGGUGGCCGGGGUGGACAUGACAGUGACAGCUUUAGCGGUGAACACCGGGGCAGAGGCCGAGGAGGCCACCACCGUGGCCGGGGCAAAAGAGACCACCACCGCGGGCGUGGACGCGGGGGAAGCGCCCAUGGAUCGGAAUUCCGUUACCAGAUGAGAGAGCAUGGGGAUCAAGAUGAAGGAAACAACUUUGAGGAGGAAGAUGACAGGAGGGAGGUUUUCUCCAGGAGGAAACUGGAGUCAAACUGGGAUCGUUACAAAGAGUCGGAGAGACCGGAGCCUGAUGAUGACAUGCCGACUCAGAGAGGAACUGAUUACCACGUCCUGCUGGAGUCAGCAGGGGAUUCCUUCACUCAAUUCCGGUUUUCAGAAGAAAAAGACUGGGAGAUGGACUCAUUUACAGCCAGUCAGAUGUCGGCUGUGUUUGUGGACCUCCCAGCUCUGGCUCAGAGCCUUCAGCAGAUUCCUCUCCAUCAGAGACUCAACCUGGAGGCUGAGCUGGUUCAGGUCUCUACACCAGUAGAGCUCCCCACAGUCGCCGUCACACCUAAACAGGAAGUGCCCAAACCGUCCACAUUCACUCUACCGUCCACAACUUUAAAAGGUCUCAGUGCCAACCAGAAAGUCCCAGUGGUUACAAACCCAGUGUCCAGCUCAAACUCGAAGUCUUCCUCAGAUGUUGCAGAGCCGCCGGUGGAUGACGAUGGUGAUGAAGAGCUGGACCAGCUGCUCGGUUUACAAAAACCAGCCCCCAGUGUUACAGAUGAGGAAAGUGCCCGUCCAGAGAAAGAGUGUGAGGAAAUAAAGGAGGUGACACUGGAGGUGACAGAAGAGAAGAUGGAGGAGGUGAAAGACAAAGAUGUCACACCUCCAAAGCCUGCCUCCGUCAAGCAGGAAAUGACAGAGGAGGAUCUGGAGGACUGGCUCGACAGCAUGAUCUCCUGACCGCUGAUGAUGAAGGACAGAGGUUUGUGAAGGAAACUGGACUUUAAAAAAAAAAUCACGGCUAUAAUCAAAGCUAAUUACUAAGUACACAUGCUAAAUGACUUCAUAGUGGGACUUUUUUUGUGUAGUUUCUGGUGCUGAAAAAGAGACAAUAUGUUCAGAGGUGCAGAGAUGGGACAGAACGUCUUGAACGUUGUGUCACAAUGUUCCCUCUGCACUUCAGGCUUCAGAGAAAGAAUUUUCUGUUCCCUGCAAGAUUGUGAAAGUUACACACCGCAGGUAGUGUAUGCCGCCAGAGGGAUCCCCCGCUGCCGAAAGGGACAGACGAAUAGCGAAACAGGUCACUGACAACACAUUUGGUUUAUUGCGUCAAUUAGUUUAUUAAUUUCCUCCCCCUCGUUAAAAGAAAUGCCGUUUACCAAAGCUACUACAUACAUACAAAUGGCCAUACAAUAGCAGUUAACCAUCUUGUCGUCAAUAAAUCCCUGAACCAAG